GUCAAGCCAAGGACACCAGCGUACCAAAUUGAGUGUGGGACUCAGAGCUCAAACGGCUACUUAGGUUCUCGCGCGGUUUCCAAUAUUCAGUGAGGAGAAUAGAAACAGCAAAGGCUUUUUAAAAUAAUUUAUCGAUUUAAAACGAUAUGGUAAAAGGAGAGGACGCGGAGCAAUAUGCCGCGGCAAGUCUAUUACCAACAAAACCAAUAAGUCAAGAUGGAAUCAAAAUUGCCAAGGUAAGUACGAUAAUUUUAGGCCUAUUCAUUUGUAGCAUAAUAUAUUAUCUUCAUGUAGGCUAUAGAUAUGAGCAAAUUAUUAUUUGACCAGCAAUCUAUUAAUUUGCAGCACAUGGAGGGAUAUGGGUAGUCUAUAUUGUAGCCAUAGGCGUUAUUAUAAUAGUUUUCAAUGCACACAAAUUCACUUCAACAUUUUAACACUGAAACAGGAUAAAAUUGAGGCGGGUUUGAUAUAGCUACGCUAUAAAGAAACAGCGAAAUUAAGGGUUUUCCCAAUGAGACCGUUGUUGUCCUAAUUGGCAGGAAGGCAUGCGAUGCCAUUAUAGGCUAUUGAAAUUACUUAUAUUUCAGUCCUAUUUCAAGCGCCAAAUAGCCUUCAUGGGAUAGACAUUAACAAUGAGUGGCUUAUAAUGGUGUAAUUAAUUGUGGCUAAACCAUAGAUGACAUAAAUGGACAUCAUCACACCAAAUAUUCUCGAGCUUCAUCGAUGGGGCUUGAUUUUCACCACGCUACACCAUCUGUCUUGGUGGAGCUGUUCAGAGAAAAAAACUUUACCGGUUUUAGCUAUGCAUUAGAUUUUGACUGAAGAAUAAUGUUUCGCCAUGGUUGUGGGUUCGAUUCCCACGCGGGACCAAUACGGAAAUGUUUGCACUCACUACUGUAAUUCGCUCUGGAUAUGAGCGAUUAAUUAAUGAAUAAAAUGUUUUUUUUUAAAGACGUCUGUACGUUUUACUCAUGUUCACUGGCAUUAUGUUUUACUGAUGUCCAGUAAUAUACUGCAUGUCUCUAUGGGGCUAAGUGAUGUGCUGUCACACAGAAAAUAAUUCUGGAUUUCCUUGUACCAGGUUUAUUCCCAGUGUGAUUGCCAGUGUGUAGUGUUUCGUUUUGUCCCUAGUGCUGGACUUGCUUCUUCAGGUUUAACCUUCUGUCCAGUCCCAGGCCAGUCUCAGCUGCCUGAGGAGCUCAAAGGCUAUUCACCCUUCAUUCUGCCUGUCAGGGAGGUGCAAUGUGUGUCACCUCAACACCAUUGUAGAGGUGUCACUGUUAUAUGGGAUUUUCCAUACAAUUUGUCCUACACAUGUCUUUAGGCUGCAUUCCUGAAGGCAAUAUGGGACAUAAUUCCUGUUCUAUGGGGGUAUAUUUCACCAGGGAAAGUACCAUGAAUAGGUCAGAGGAUAGGUCAUGUAAAAUCAGGUGUCUGCUCUCAACACUGUGACAGAACGGAUGGUGUCAGACUGACUAGAUGUUCUUUACAUUGAUUGGCUGUUGGACUGGGUGUAUUUACUCAUUGACCAGCAGGAUGUGUUUGUGAUUGGAAGAAUGGGGGUGUGUGCACUCUUGACUGUCCGCUGAAUGCUGGUGCCCUCAGCUCAGGCCACUGAUGGAAUCUCGGAAUGCCUGAUCAUCCCAUAGCCAGAGCCAAUUGCUGCCUCCGGCACCAGGCGGAGUUGUACAGUGGCUGAACUACAGUGACCUCCCAGUCUCACACCACUUUCUAAACUCGUAGUGGCCCAGACUGCAUAGUCAGAGGGAUUUAGUGCUAAUCUGACAUUCAGCGGUGGGGUGAGGAGCGUUGGCCAAUCUUGGGCUCACAAUGAGACGUUGUUUUACUGGCCGCUGUUGGGCCAGAAGUCUCAGAAAUAAGCUGGAGACUCAAAGCGCCAAGUGGGUGAGAUUGGCCAGAUGUGUGUUUAACUCAACUGAGCAAGCAAUCAAGCAAUGAACAGAGAAAUUAUACAUGAUCAAAGAAGUGAUGCUCAUACCCAAGUGAUGCGGCCAACAUUUUGUCAGUUUGUAAUACAAAGGUCGAGUUGGAUAUAGACAUACAAAGAGCCUGUAUCACAACACACCUAAACUGUGCAUCAUUAGCAACCCAUAAAAGUGCUUUCGCAAUAUAUAUAUAUUUUUUUACAUCUGUAUUUAGUGUAUAACAAAACAUUGUGUCCUAUCGUCAUGCUAUGUGCGUCUUCUCUCCCUAUUUCCCAGCGGAGGGAUGACAGCGGUCGUCUGUCAGUGUGCAGUAAGUUGUGCUAUGCCAUCGGAGGGGCUCCCUACCAGAUCACAGGCAGCGCUCUGGGCUUCUUUCUCCAGAUCUACCUGCUGGAUGUGGCCCAGGUGAGUGAGAUGGGAUUCAGAUGGAACCGAUGACAUCACAAAGUCACUAUCAGACCAACUCCUUGAAUGCCAUACUCCUUGAAGUUUGCAGUUGUCUACACAUGCUCAAAACAUUUUUUUACCCUUUAGUGUGUGUACUGUAUUAAUACUUAGGAUAAAGCUUUUCAACAGGAAAAGUUCAAAAAUCACUGGAAGUGUAAGGGUUGGUGUGAGGUGUGACCCAGGUGCGGUGCAGGAUAGACAGUAGGCAGUAGGCAGAGAUGGUGAAACAAGGAUCUUUACUGGUGGUCCCGAAGCCAGGAUACAAAAUAACGGACUUAACAUGAUAAAAGAAAGGUGGAGCAAAUAAGUCUCCAAAAACAGGCUGACAACCAAAAUACGAAAUAAUAACUAUGACUGAAAUAAUAAAGAAACAGGGAAAACACUUCUCGAGUACCUGUACAUACUUCUCAGAUCAGACACUUAUUAGUACUGCUGAGCAUAGAGAAACUAGCAGAGAAAACUGAGCAAGGGAACACAGGGAAGUGAGGGCAUAAAUACACAGGUGAACAGGUAGACACAGGUGACACCAAUAGGAUCAUGAUUAGUCCAGACUGUGAGUGAGGAGUUGCCUAAGGUUGUCGGAGGAGGACACCUAGUGGAUCGCUUCGGAACUGCGACCCCCUCCUGUAACAGGAAGACGUCUUUAAGGGCAAGGCCGAAGAGCUGGUAUCAUUUUAACAGCCUCUGGCAUGACUCAACUAGUGAAGCGCAUUAAUUCUGACUCCCACUGCUUUGCUUUGUCACUCAAUUAGCAAGCGAUAGACUGUGCACUGUGUGCACUGUGCUCACUGUAGUGCUGUCACUGAAUACAACAAGUCAUUCAACCAGAGAGCUAAUGAGCUCAUUGGAAUGGUCUUAAACGCCACAUUGUUCAGAUGGUAAUGUUGCCAAUGUGGCCUGGCCAUGUAUCAUGUCCUAACAUGACCUUGGCAACUUUUGAAAUGUUGUCUUACAGAGUCAUCUUGUUGCUAAGGUGCAAUCCAACUGAGAUAUGGCUCUUUUUUAUUUCUGUUUCAAUAGUCACUCCUUGCUUUGUGAGGAGAGGUGAUGGCUGUUGUCUGUGGUUGUAGUGGUUGUAGUGGUCUGACAGACAAUGACACAAAUCAUUUCUCUUUCUACCCCCCCCUAAUGUCUCUCCAUAGCUGGACCCAUUCUAUGCCUCUAUCAUCUUGUUUGUGGGCCGGGCCUGGGAUGCAGUGACCGACCCAACUGUGGGCUUCCUGGUGAGCCGGAGCAGAUGGACCCGGUGUGGCCGGAUGAUGCCCUGGUAGGUGCCUCCGCCUCGGUCACACAGCAGACAUCUUACAGCAGGCAGGAAUGAAAGAGGAAAUGAAAACAAAAGGGGAGGAAAUUAAAUAAAUGAAAAAUCAAACGCAAAACCUCUCGUCACGACUAGAGGGAAAAUAGUAGUUGAAAUUCAAAUAUGGGCGGAAUCGUGACAAUGAAGUGGAACAGAUUGAAUAGAGAGAUCAGGCUGUCACUGAAUCGCAGUGAAAUGCCUAACUUGCUCUCUAUUCUACCUCAGUCGCUACCAACUCUAUUACUCUAUCUCUAUCUGCUGUUGGCCAUUUUCUGUCUUAGCUUGUUAUAGCUUUUACCUUCUCAUCUGGGUGCAAACCAGGACAGACUGGAACAAGGCUGUCUUAUUUAGCUCCAGUGGACCUCAUUUAGUUCUGGAAUGCCCAGGUGCUUUUUCUCUUUUUAGUUCUGUGCUGGCACUGCACGUUUCCACCAAAGGCUCUGAGUGCUUUGAAGCCUGUGCCCAAAGAAAUUGAUCUCUAAUUCUUUGCUUGUGCCCCAGAUGCCAUAAGCGAGACUAUUAAGCCUAGUGGUGGGUGACAUAGGUCAGGAACGGCAGAGAAAAUGAGUGCUUUUGGACUGAGUACAACAUCCUAGAAUGCCACUACAGCAAAAGUCAUCCUCACAUCGAAGAACACCAGCGUUGUCUUAUUUAUAGGUAACGCUAUUUCAUGGCAUAAGUCAGACAUUUCAAUCAUCUCUUAACUGUUUAUUUGACAUUUGUUGUAGGGAUACCCACAAUGGGAGGUAUAUAACAUUGUGUGCUAGUUUUUUGUAAAGAGCAAUGACCUUGAUGUUGUUAAAUACUCUAACACCAUCCUAUCCCUGCUAACCAGGCUAUUUUAUAUGCCCAUGUGGAACUCUAUAUGACCAUGUGGAACUCUAUAUGGCCCAAUAUGGUCAAGAGAAACACUGAUCCUUUGGCCUGUGCAGGGUUACGCACAGUAGCACCCCAAGUUAUUUAAACCAGAGGGAACAUAGCGACCACUUAUCUAACAUGCUACUGUAUAUUUUCACAUACUCUGAUACAAGGAGACAGUGACAUUUUGUGGUUGAAAUUAAUAUUUGGCAUAAUACUGUGACUUGCUAGGAAUGGAGUCAAUAAAGGAGGUUUAUUCAUGGUGGUAACAACUGGAUGCGCUUGAUAUCUUAAGGCCCUGGGCAUGUGACGUAGGCUGCCUGGUGUGCCUGAACUGCAAGUGUAGAAGGGGUGGGAGAAAACCGUCUUCUCCCUCUCUGAUUGGUCCAACCCUCAACACACCACUAGAUUUAGGCCAAUGGGGUCCUGAGAAGCGUGCAUGUGUGUGAUCCCAGAAUGGCAGUUGGGGAGGGGGCUGGUUGAUUCAGAGAGAGGUUACCGCAGGUCAAGUAGAGGGGAGAUUAUUGGCUGAAUGUCGAUGUGGUCAUUGUUAGGUGGCAGUGUGUGCUUUUUUCUGGCCUGUAUAAACCACCACAAAGCCCCCAGCGUGUUCUUAUCAGAGCCUGAACACAGACAAGGAGAUUUAGAUGUCUUCUUCACUGUCAAUGAUGCAUAACUUAACUAAACCUUGACUAAAGCUAUUUUCCCUUCUGAAUGCCCCAGCAUUUUUAAUUAGCACUAUUAGUGGAAGAUAUUUUCCCCCAAAUUGUAUUCCCUAGUCCUAAACAGCCUAUGGAAUUCUAGACCUCUCUAGAAUGUGAAUAUUGAUGUAAUACACAGAGAAAAUAGAAAUCCUUCCUUUUACUUCCAUGUAGCCACCUGCCAGACAGAUGGAUAGCUGAGUGAUUCAUUUAUCAGAUUGGAUGUCACAAAAAUUACAUCAAAAGGAUCAUUGUUGUAAUAGAGAGAACACAAUGUUAUCAUAAUGGACUCUGAUAAGUACUUUAAUAGUCUCUCACUGAAGCAUUAUGAUCCUGAUAAGACAAUGUUGACCUAACUUGAAGAAGCACAUUGUUUCUCACAGACAGGUGGUGAUCCAGUCUGUUUGCAAAAUAAAACCUUGAGCCUUUUCCUCUCUUGUCUCGCCUACGUCGUUGUGUAGCAAUGUCGUCACCUCAAGGUUAUUGGUGUGGGGCUGCCGUUGUGCUCAUGCUGUGAGCUUUGUGUAUUCAACCGUAGUGACAGUGUACAAAACACAGACAAUCAAGGAGAUAUCUGACCUCUAUUUCCAGUCAGAUCAGCCUCUUGACUCUCAUUAACCCCAUUCAGUCAGCUCAUGUAGACUAAGGAAGGAGACAGAGGUGGCUUCUAUGGGGCUUCCCCAGUUCAGUGGAUGUUGUUUACAGAGGAUUGGCCACUCCCAUUGACUGGCCAUGCGUGAGUGGGGUUGACAUGUCGUGUCAGAUAAACAAACACGCAUUUUCAGUUCAAUGAGAUGAUAGGCCCCCUGGGGACUGUAGGCUCAAACACAGAGGACGAAUGGAAAGAAACAUUACUUCUUAGAAAGAGAUUGUUGUACAGUAUUAAUGCUGUUGUAGUAAUAAGAACACUUGGCAGAUGAGCAUGUAAUGUUACUGUGACCACUGUUCUCAACUGUGUAUUUUGCUGAGACCAGUGAGAGGCUGAGACGAACGCCCACUGCCCUGCUGGCAUAGAAAUGUCUUAGUCAAUAGAUACUUGUCUCCAAAAUACCCUUCCAGCAAUGCCCCGACGUCUAUUUUUUGAGUGAACUUGUCUGCUGGAAGCCCAGUAGUGGAUCCAUAGUUCUAUGGCUGUUCUGCUACUUUAGCUGGAGUGGAUUGGUCUGCUGGUCAGGUGUAUUGUGGAGUGAGAGUAGGGUGAGGGACAGAGUGAGGCAGGGUCAGUAUGGCGCCACCGUAAGGACAGCCCACCACAGUCUCCCAGGUGGCACAUUGCAGAGAGAAAGGCCACACAAAGCCCAUUCUGAGCCCAUUCUCCACACACAGCCCCAAACAACAGAUGAUUAAGGGAUUAUUCACAAAGACCUGCUUUCAAUGCAAAGAAAGAAAGAAAAGGGGAGUGUGAGUGUAAGAAAAGGAGAAAGAGAGGGGGUUCAAGUUAGUUACUUUACAUCGUUUAAAAAAAUCUCAACCCUAUGCAGUUAGUGACCCAAACUUUGCUACCACUACCGCCAUCGCUACCAGGUGUCACACAGGUGUCACUAACUUACAUCUGACAGGGACUCAUGGAAAUCAUCAUUGUUGAAAAUAAAUAUUAACUUCUUCAAUACUGUAGUAAAUUGUGUUUGUAUAAUAUAUCACUAUAAUUUUCCUGUCACAGAGAUGAAAUAGACCUACUCAAACACCCACACAUUUUAAAUGCUCAUCCAUCAUUACAUUGUAUUGAUCCACUCCUGUUUUUCCCUCAGGAUCCUCAUCUCUACUCCGUUUGCGGUGCUCACCUACUUCCUGAUCUGGUAUGUCCCUCCGGUGGAGCAGGGGAAGGUGCUGUGGUAUCUGGUCUUCUACUGCCUCUUCCAGUCUCUGCAGACGGUCAGUCUCUCCUCUACACAGUCUCUUGUUUUAUUAAUAAGAAGGGGCACAUGUUACAAUACAUUGUUACUCAAUCCCCAUUGAUUGUUUCUGUAAUAUGGUUAUUGUGCCAGCAAUGCUGAUUAUUUGUUUUCUGUGUGCAGUGCUUCCAUGUGCCGUACUCAGCACUCACCAUGUUCAUCAGCACGGACCAGAAAGAGAGGGACUCUGCCACUGCCUACCGUAUGUCAACCUGGACAUCUUUAUGGUUCUGUAGCAUCUCAUAUAGUUGGAAUGUGAGGUCUUCAUUCUACUCUUUCUCACGCUCCUCAUCCCACUCUCUUGUUCAGGUAUGACAGUGGAGGUGCUGGGAACAGUGGUUGGCACAGCAAUCCAGGGGCAGAUUGUGGGCGGGGCGAUCGCCCCCUGUCUCCCGGGUGACCUGGAUGUCCAUGACAACGGUAACUCCACACUGCUGGGGUCAGACUUCAACAUCUCCCACAUCUCCCUGGAUGAAACGGUGAGAGGGGGACCCUAGAGAUGGCAUGUUGUAUAACAUGGCAUAACACUGUUAUAGUAAUGUUAGAAGUGGAAUUUGACCCUAACCCUGCUCCUCCUGUCCCCCUAACAGAAACAAGCCUACCUCAUCGCGUCAGGAGUCAUCUGUGCCAUGUACGUUCUCUGUGCUGCAGUCCUGUUCCUGGGAGUCAGAGAGCAGGAAGGUGAGAAUUUAUUAACUGACUUUUUUUAUAUUUUAUUGUCUCUUAUAAGAAUAUCUUUACAAUGACAUACUUCAAACAUAGUUUCUUCUCAUAUUUAGAGUAUGAAAGCUUUCUGCUUGUUAUCCACAGGCAAACUUUUCCACUUUCUCUCAACCCGCAAAUGUUCCAAUAAUUAUUUUGUUACAAGUAAUUAGGAGAGGGCCACAUUUUGGCAGUCUGUAAAUGCCAUGGAUGAGAGAUAAGAAAGAACAUCAGAUAAGUCUUCUUCAGCUGAUGUUUGGCACAGUGCACCUAAUCAGUUAGAUUUAAUCGCCAUCUUUGUUUUGAUCCUAGAGUGUGGGCGUCUGAAGACGGAGCCCAUGUCGUUCUUUGAAGGCAUGAGGAUGGUGAUGGGAUACGGGCCGUAUAUCAAACUGGUCAUGGGAUUCCUCUUCACAUCGCUGGCCUUCAUGGUGAGUCACACUCAUAGAAUGGGCUACAGUUAAACACACAUAUAAACAACCAAACAAUUAUUUAUGACUAGCUAUAGGGUGUGUAACCCUGGCGUUUGGUUUUCUGUAUGUAUAUUAGACCUACUUCCCGUGUGUUCAGUGUGUUUACUUCCUGGCAGCUCCUGGAGGGGAACUUUGCCCUGUUCAUCACCUACACGCUUGGCUUCAGAAAUGACUUCCAGAAUAUUCUGCUGGUCAUUAUGGUGAGUGUAGUCUAUUUUUCUCUGAGAAAAUCAACCCUCCCACUAGAGGCAUAACACACAUUCUGUACAUUAAGACCUGUGCUGACUGAAAGGUCACCUUGUGGGUUAGAGUAAUGUCUAGGGGUCCAUGGUGUUUCCAGGACCGCUUUGUUUUGUUUUUUCCUCACGCAAGGAGACAUGUCGCCGUGGGGAUGAAAGGGCACAUUUUCAGGGUGAGAGGAGGCGUUGUUGUGGCCCCUGGGAACCUUUCCCCCUCUCACACACUCCAUCGACGAGAGAAAGGAGCACAGAGGGGCCUUUGUUGCCCAGGCGAUCUGUCAGCACCGCCAUGGGAACGGCGCCUUGGCUUUUCUCUCCGCUUUGCCGUUCCCUCGCUUCUCUAUUCUGCACCGUCGCCUCUCUACCUGCCUGAGUAGGAUCUAGAGCUGCCCUGGCCUGGCCUGGCCACUGGAGCAGGAGAUGUGGGAGUUUAGAAAGGUCCUUAAUAGCACUGUCACCAGAUCUGUUUGUGCUUUAGCCAACUCCUCAAACUGCCAUACAUGCAAGGCUAGGUCCUUAGAUGCUGCUGGUUUUGGUCAGCACUGAUGAAUUGUUUGAUAUUUCUCAUAGUCCUAGUUGCUCAGCCACUCGCUAAUCCUUGUGUGGGCAUUUGACACACAGGUUGACCACCCCUCUGUAAGAGGUCAAAGGUCAUUUACUCCCGGCAGGGUUAAAUAAAGGUCCCUUUCACAUUGUGUCCUUCUACCAUGACCUUUUAGCCCAUCGGUCAGUCUGACCUUUUCUGUUCCCACAUUGCCCGCAGUGCUUAGAAAUUGUUUAAAAGUGAAAUAUCUUAAUGCUCUUAUUUGGUAUUUCAUUUCUAGCUCUCUGGGACUUUGUCCAUUCCAUUCUGGCAGUGGUUCCUGAUCCGAUUCGGGAAGAAGACUGCAGUCUACAUUGGCAUCACGGUGAGCAGUGUGUGUUGGUGUGGAGUUUCAUCUCAAAGGUGCUGUAUUAUGGAGCUCUCCCUCUCUCAUGCCUCAUCUCAUGUCUAUCCUAUGUGUCUCUCUCUGCAGUGGGCAGUGCCCUUCAUGAUCCUGAUCGUCUGUAUGGAGAGCAGUCUCAUUGUGGCCUAUGUGGUCUCUGUGGCAGCGGGAGUCAGUGUGGCUGCAGCUUUCCUCCUACCUUGGUAAGCAGACUACUGAAUGUACCUCAGUAUACCCAUAGCAACCUAUAGAAUAUCUCUAUCUCCAGUGUCUCUUUACUUAUGUCCAGUCUGUGGUGUGUCUUGACUUUUGGUAUCCAUUCACAUCGUUCACUGUUUCUCAGGUCAAUGCUCCCAGAUGUGGUGGAUGAUUUCAAAGUGAAGAAUCCAGACUCUAGCGGCCACGAGGCCAUUUUCUACUCCUUCUAUGUCUUCUUCACCAAGUUUGCCUCAGGAAUAUCCCUCGGCAUCUCCACUCUCAGUCUAGAGUGAGUUUGUUUUUCUCUCUUGCAUGUAUUGUACAUGAUAAACUGAUUUUAUAAAAACGUAGCAUGUUGACAAUUUAAUGCGCUUAGUUUGAAAUCGAACUGUAUUUUGCAGGACUCCUAACAGCUUAGUGAAACUUUUGGUCAUGUAGUGUAUGUGGACACCUGCUCCUCGAACAUCUAAUUCCAAAAUCAUGGCCAUUAAUAUGGAGUUGGUCCCCCCUUUGCUGCUAUAACGGCCUCCACUCUUCUGGGAAGGCUUUUCACUAGAUGAUGGAACAUUGCUGCAGGGACUUGCUUCCAUUCAGCCACAAGAGCAUUAGUGAGGUCGGGCACUGAUGUUGGGCGAUUAGGCCUGGCUCGCAGUCGGUGUUCCAAUUCAUCCCAAAGGUGUUUGAUGGGGUUGAGGUCAGGGCUCUGUGCAGGCAAGUCAAGUUCUUCCACACCGAUCUCGACAAACCAUUUCUGUAUGGACCUCGCUUUGUACACAGGGGCAUUGUCAUGCUGAAACAGGAAAGGGCCUUCCCCAAACUGUUGCCACAAAGUUGGAAGCACAGAAUCAUCUAGAAUGUCAUUGUAUGCUGUAGUGUUAAGAUUUCCCUUCACUGGGACUAGCCCGAACCAUGAAAAACAGCCCCAGACCAUUAUUCCUCCUCCACCAAACUUUACAGUUGGCACUAUCCAUUCGUCCGUCGGACUGCCAGAUGGUGAAGCGUGAUUCAUCACUCCAGAGAACCUGUUUCCACUGCUCAAGAGUCCAAUGGCGGCGAGCUUUACACCACUCCAGUCAACGCUUGGCAUUGCGCAUGGUGAUCUUAGGCUUGUGUACGGCUGUUCGGCCAUGGAAACCCAUUUCACAAAGCUCCCAACAAACAGUUAUUGUGCUGACGUUGCUUCCAGAGGCAACACUCUGUAGUGAGUGUUGCAACCGAGGACAGGCGCUUCAGCACUCUGCGGUCUGGGAGCUUGUGUGACCUACCACUUCACGGCUGAGUCGUUGUUGAUCCUAGGUGUUUCCACUUCACAAUAACAGCACUUACAGUCGACCGGGGCAGCUCUAGCAGGGCAGAAAUUUGACGAACUGACUUGAUGGAAAGGUGGCAUCCUAUGACCUUGCCAUGUUGAAAGUCACUGAGCUCUUCAGUAAGGCCAUUCUACUGCCAAUGUUUGUCUAUGGAGAUUGCAUGGCUGUGUCCUCGAUUUUAUACACCUGUCAGCGACGGGUGUGGCUGAAAUAGCCGAAUCCACUAAUUUGAAGGGGUGUACACAUACGUGUGUGUGUAUUUUCUCAGAAAGGGCCUAAAUUCUACUGUGGGAUAACUGCGUUUUGAAGAUUAUCUAGCUUAAUUUUCCUCGAUUCACCGGACCAGUCAUGUGGUGAACAAUAACAUAAUCCACAUUUAUAAUCAAACUGUCCUUUUUCUUCUCUUCUCUCUCUGCCUGGAAAUUGUUGUGCAGCUUUGCCGGCUAUGUGACCAGAGGCUGCUCGCAACCCGACGCUGUGAAUUUAACCCUGAAGGUGCUGGUCUCUCCUGUUCCUGUUGUUCUGAUAUUCCUGGGGCUGUUUAUAUUCAAGACCUACCCCAUUGACGAGGAGAGGAGGCAAGGCAACCGGAAACUACUGCAGGAGAUGCGGUGAGUCAGAGCAAACACACACACACACACGAUUAGGGCUGAUUGGGGGUAUCUAAGCCAGACACUCAUUGUAAUAGAACAGGGUUCAUGCAGGACCCAAACUAUUUCCUCCUAAGUUAAGCUAAGAGAUCCAGUGACCAAUCUCUUCACAGGGGGACACUAAACUUAGCUCAUUUCUGGCAUCUUUCUCUAUACCUCAGCAAAAUGCAAAGGACACACUUUAAGCCUUAGCCGCUCUGCCAUGAAUAAGGACCCUCUUGAACAAGCCAAGUCCUUUGUUUCUAACGCUCGGCUGUGUUCCCAUUCUGAAACAGGGAGAGCGAUCAGGAUUCCGAGACAGAGUCCACAGAGCUUGGGAGCGUUGUAUAG